AUUCAUCAGCAAAUCGAGGAGAGUCGUGGCCCAUCCGUGUGGUCGCAGUGGCUGUACUGGCAGAGCAUGAAACCCGAGCAUGUGCUUGCGCAAAGUGUUCAGUCGGAGCUAAAGCAGUUGCUGGUUCAAAAUCCGGAUCACACGCAAUCGAUUCUGGACGAUGAUUUGACGAUCGUGAGACGUAAUCUGGAGGCACGAGGUGUC